AUGGAGAACCUGAAAAACAUUUGGAAACCGGAACUAUAUCGAAUACAAAUGGAGGCGCCGAAGCCUAAACGUGUGGUUUGCGAUAAUUUGGAGGAUAGACCUGAGUUUUACGGCCGCGAAUACCACGGUGUAAUGAGUCAUAAGGAAGCGACGGCAAUUCUCGAAAAUGAGCCUAAUGGCGCCUUUCUAAUUAGGAAAGGUAGUCAGAAUAAUGAUUUCUAUACGUUAACUUUAAAGUUCGAUGACAAAAUCCAUCAUUACAAACUAUAUUAUGACGGUUCACAUUACAUUGGUACGAAACAUUACGAGACUAUCUAUGACCUGGUGGCGGAUGGGCUCGUCACAUGUCAUAUGGAACUGAAAGCUCACCACAUUGUUGAAAUGAUCAACUCACGAGCGAGCUACCCAGAGAGUCCCUAUGUCACUCUAAACAGGCGCAAACUUAAUACUUUGUCCAGAAUGCAGCAAGCAUCAAACAACUCAAGCCCAAUUAUAAUAAGGACUGAAACCAAAGCUAUAAGUGAAACGGAUGGACUGAAGAAACCUCCGUUUGAUCUCACGCCUUCCAUAGAGGAGAAUCCUUUAGUUAUGAAGUAUUCAAAGUCACAUACUUUCAAAGUGCACACAUUUAAAGGCCUAAAUUGGUGCGAAUUGUGCGCAAAUUUCCUUUGGGGAUUCACGGCACAGGGUGUUAAAUGUGAAGACUGCGGCUUUAUAGCACACUCAAAAUGUUCAGAACGGGUCCCAAAUCACUGUGUGCCAGAUUUAAAAAAAUUACGAGGUGUCUUUGGUAUAGAUCUGACUACGUUACUCAAUGCCCACUCCAGUACGUUGCCAUUCGUCGUUAAAAAGUGUGUGAAUGAGAUAGAAGAUAGAGGUAUGGAUUCAGAGGGGAUAUACAGGGUUUCCGGAUUCGCUGAUGAAAUUGAAGCUUUGAAGCUAGCGUUUGAUCGAGACGGCGAGGCAGCUGAUUUGAGCGUAUACAGUAACAUCAACGUGGUGGCUGGUACACUGAAGCUGUACCUACGACUUCUGCCGGUACCAUUGAUAACGUAUGAAGUCCAUCCCAAACUCGUACAAGCUAUACAGAUGAAAACACAAGCACAGCAGAUAACGUCGCUCCGAGAGUGUUUGGACUCCCUCCCGCCCGCACACUUCAACUGCCUGCAAUACAUGGUCCAACAUUUACAUAGAGUAUCGCAACUAGCAGACGUGAACAAAAUGAGUGCUCACAACUUGAGUACAGUAUUCGCUCCUACAUUGGUCGCUACGCCGCCCGCCAUCACAGACCUAGCGUUCGAGAUCCGCGCCCUACAAGUAUUAAUCGAACAUUGCCCACAAAUAUAUUACGGUAACAAAUGA